GAAAGGCUGUCAGAACCACGUGUGACUGGAUCAGUUCCGCCGUGGUCGCCGCCCAGUUUCUCAGUCUGGUUUUAGUUCAAGUAGCAAAAGGAUGCCGCCAGGGAGGAAGAGGAGGCAGGAUUAGUGGAGCUCUACGCCCCCAGGAGUGAGCGGAGGCGUUCCCGAAGGCUACCAGAACUUGAACUUCCAAAGCCUGGGUCGCGGUUUCCGCCCGGAGGGUACUUCCGGGUGCUCCCGGAAGCUGAAGUCGCUGCCCGGGUAAAGGGCCUCAACAGGAGCGACCGACGGAGGCUGUGGCGAUAUGGACCUAGAGGAAGCGAAAGAGUUGAAAGAACGUUGUACUCAGUGUGCUGCUGUCUCUUGGGGUGUUACUGAUGAAGGCAAAUAUUAUUGCACCUCUUGUCACAAUGUUACAGAACGGUCUAAGGAAGUUGUGGAUACUGCAGCUAUCCCAAAUACUAAAAUACAAGCUAUUAGCCGAGGGCUUAAGAGAAAAAGAAAACUUGAGAAAGGCUGGGAUUGGUAUGUGUGUGAAGGUUUUCAGCUCAUACUUUGUCAACAAGUGGAAGCCUUAAAGACCCUUGGAGUAGGUCCAGAACUAAAGAAUGAUGUUUUACAUAGUUUUUGGAAGCGCUACCUUCAGAAGAGCAAGCAGGCGUAUUGUAAAAACCCAAUUCGUACGAGAAGAAGGAAAACUACGGCAUUGGAAGAUACUCCAAGUCACUCAGACUGGGAUAGUGAACCGGAGUUGAUAAGCGACUUUAUCUGUUCUUCUUUUGCUGAAAGUGAAGCAGAGUCUCAACCUGAUCUCCACACCCAAAAGCCUUUCCCCAUCAUCAAAGCACCGAAUUCAGGAAUAGCAUACACCUGUUCUGGAUCUCUUGAUGGAGUAGAAUAUUCACAACGCAAGGAAAAGGGAAUUGUGAAGAUGACUGUGCCAAGGACGCUUGCUUUCUGCUAUCUGUCAUUACUUUGGCAGAGAGAAGCAAUUACUCUUUCAGAUCUUUUAAGAUUUGUUGAAGAGGGCCAUAUUCCUUAUAUAAAUACUUUUGAACAUUUUCCAGAGGAGAUGAAACUAUAUGGGCGUGACAAAUUAAUCUUUGCUAUAGAGUCUUGGCCUAUCUAUGAAGAUAUCUAUAAAAAUACAAUCGAGCUUGCCACAUUUUUAGAUUUGCCUCGUUUUCCAGAUAUAACUAAAGAUUGCUAUCUUCACCCAGACAUCUUGUGUAUGAAAUACUUGAUGGAAGUCAACCUUCCCGAUGAAAUGCACAAUUUAACCUGCCAAGUGGUUAAAAUGACUGGAAUAGGAGAAGCGGAUUUUCUCACAUUUGAUCCUAUAGCUAAAAAGGCAAAAACUGUUAAAUACGAUGUGCAAGCUAUAGCUAUCAUUAUAGUAGUAUUGAAACUGCUGUUUUUAUUGAACGACAAUUUGGAAUGGUCUUUGUCUGAUAUUGCUGAGAAAUAUAAUGAAAAGAACAAAAAAGAUAAACCAUGGUUUGAUUUUAGAAAAUGGUACCAAGUAAUGAAGAAAUCUAUUGAUGAGAAAAAACAAAAAUGGGAGGAAGCCAGAGCAAAGUACUUGUGGAAAAGUGAGAAGCCACUGUACUUGUCAUCCUACAACAGACCAGUAGUAUAUAAAAGAAGAGAAGUGGUGGUGAAUCUACAAAAACAAUUUAGCACAUUGAUUGAUUCCACACCAGUUGCUGAAAAACAAAACCCCUCAAGUUUUCAGUUCAACUGGACUGAAGAAAACCCCAACAGAACUUGUUUUCAUGGACAUAGCCUCCAGGGAAUCCUGAAGAAGAAAGGCCAAUCACUGACAACCAUGAAUUCACUUUACUGGCUUAGUACACAGAAAUUCUGUAAAAGCCAUUGUAAACAUGUGACAACUUACGAAGAAUCAUAUUUUUCUCAGAGUUACCAGUUUGUAAUAAGUCUCUUCUCUUUCCUGCUAAGAAUAAAAACCUCCUCUCUCCAUGAAGAAGUGAGCUUAAUUGAAAAGAGAAUCUUCAAAGCAAAAUACAAUCAAUCGAAAAAGAAACCUUCAAAAAAGAAAAUAAGAAAAGUGAAAUAGAAUUUUCCCUGAGGAAAUAUUUUAAUAGUGACAAUAAUUUCAAAUUAUGACAUUCCAGAAAAUGGUGGGAAAUACAGUUGUAUUGCAUUAUUAUAUAUGCAUAUAUAUGUAUACACACAAAUAUACAUAUAAAUGUAUCAAAAUAACUUAUACAAUAUUUAUUGGAAAACAAAGUUUGAAUUUGUUAAUGUAUGAGUUUUCUUUUGAGAAAAUUAAAGUAGUAAGUUAUAUAAAUGAUAUUCCUAAAUUUAUGUUCAUUUUAAAGCUUAAUGUGUUUGUUUUUUUUAUAAAAAGGAAACACUAACAAAACCAUAGGAUAAAAGGGGUACAAGUCCACAUAAUUCCCACCACCAGAACCUAAAGUAGAUCACUUGGGGGCCAGCAGUGGCACACCUGGCUAAGUGCACAUAUUACCAUGUGCAAGGACCCAGGCUCAAGCCCCAGUCCUCAUCUGCAGGGGGAGCUUUAUGAAUGGUGAAGCAAGUCUGCAGAUACCUCUCUCUACCUCCCCCUCUCUUCUCAAUUUCUCUCUGUCUUAUCAAAUAAAGGAGAGGGGGAGAGAGGAAAUUAGGGAAUCCUUGGAUUCCCACACACAGAUAUGAAGGGCCUAGACCUCUAAUAGAUCCAUCCAUCUCUCCUCCACCACUGCUCACUUCAUCAAGAACAUCAGCACAAGCCCUCUUAUGGGCUACCAGGAACUUGUCCUCCCUAUAAGGUAGCAACGGUAGGGACUGCCCCACUCUCUGAAAGACAUCCUGCCCUCUGGGUCAUCCUCCCUGCCCCUCGGAGAACACUGGUCCUGAAAUAAGUGCAGCCUGGAAUGUUCCCACCUGUGACCAUGAACUGUGAGCUCAGACUGACAGGACACAGGCUUCUGUGCAAAAUAUGAAUAUAAAUGGGCCCUGGGUCAAGUUGAUGGGGUAAGUAGAUAAUUUCAUUCAGGAAUUCUCAUUUGUGGCAGCUACUCUGUCUGCCCCAAUCCAACUUUCUAGUCCUAUUCUCAACUCUUUGUCUCCAUCUUCCCAGACAAUAGUUGUCAUAGGUCCCUAGGAACAUACCUAAAAUGAAUUUCCUUGCAUUUUUCCACCCUAAGAUCCCUAUUCUCAUCUGUUCUAUUCCUACUUUGUGUUUCCUGUUCAUUAAUCAUUUUGUCCUGCUUUAUAUCUUAGCACCUUUCAGCCACCAAAUUGCAGAUGCUAUCAGAAUUCCAACCUGACUUCCCUGGGCAGACGACCUCCCUCACCAGUGUGUCCUGGAACCCCGCCUCUCCAGAGCCCUACCCCCUAGGGAAAGACGAACAGGCUAGGGGUAUGGAUCUACCUGCCCAAGACCCAUGUCCAGUGGAGAAGCAGUUAGAGAAACCAGAAUUCCCACCUUCUGCACCCCCAAAAUAAUUUUUGGUCCAUAUUUUCAUAGAAGUCAAUGAUAGGGGAAGAUGACCAGAGGGCUCUGAACUCCAACUCCAUCAAGACCCGAAGAGAGAAGAGGAAAAAAGGAAGGACAUUCAGAAGUAGUAUUAGGUGUAGGUGUGACUUAGAAAGGAAGAGAAAGCAGGACCAUGGGG